CUAAUUGAGUUUCCAUCUGUUCUGCUACCCCCAGGAAUGACCACCGGGACCAUCGUCAACAUCGCUGUACACCAGAACCUCUCCAAAGAACGCAAACGCGAUCAACAUUUUUGGCAACUACAACAUGUCAUUUUGGAGACAUUCGGAUGUGUCUUGCCAGAGCCUCCCCGCCUCGAGGUUCGCAAUGUCACGCAGACAUCUGUUAUGCUAGAGUGGCCUCUUAUCAAACUUGCAACCACUAAACUACGGUCAUUGGAUAUAUACAAAACUUCGCAGCGCAUCGCCGCAAUUCCGAGUCCGGUCACCAACACAUCGACAAAGCUGUCCAGCCUUUCCCUCGAGAACAGGCAUGUGCCUCAACUCUCUUCAACAUCAUCUACCUCAGGUCCACUCAGACGUAGGGAACGAUUGUCUACCAUUGAGUCUUUGGUCUGCCUACAGGAGACUAACUCAGACGUGGCUCCGACGCAUCCCGUAGCAUGCCUCGGCCCACUUCUCCCCCUUCGUACAUGUCUCCGAGUCCCUAUUCAUCGAGGAACCUCACCGGAAGGUGGACGCCAGGUGACCAGCCCCACUAUUUCGGUGGAGUAUCGUUUGCCUUCAAGUCUAUCCGGUUAUGAUGUUGGUUCGCCUUUGUCUUCAAGCCAUACCCUUCCUUCUCCAACACCCACACAAUCCCGUAAUGUCGCCUCGCCCACAUUUGUUGCUUCUGACCCAAAUCCCAUCAUUUCGCGUACGCAUGCCGUUUUCGUGCGAUUUUAA